AUGUCACUCAACACCCGGACAGGAUUCAACAUACCACUCCACACCCGGACAGGAUUCAACAUGUCACUCAACACCCGGACAGGAUUCAACAUGUCUCUCCACACCCGGACAGGAUUCAACAUGUCUCUCCACACCCGGACAGGAUUCAACAUACCACUCAACACCCGGACAGGAUUCAACAUGUCUCUCCACACCCGGACAGGAUUCAACAUACCACUCAACACCCGGACAGGAUUCAACAUACCACUCCACACCCGGACAGGAUUCAACAUACCACUCCACACCCGGACAGGAUUCAACAUGUCACUUAACACCCGGACAGGAUUCAACAUACCACUCCACACCCGGACAGGAUUCAACAUACCACUCCACACCCGGACAGGAUUCAACAUACCACUCCACACCCGGACAGGAUUCAACAUACCACUCCACACCCGGACAGGAUUCAACAUACCACUCCACACCCGGACAGGUUUCAACAUGUCACUUAACACCCGGACAGGAUUCAACAUACCACUCAACACCCGGACAGGAUUCAACAUGUCACUCCACACCCGGACAGGAUUCAACAUGUCACUCCACACCCGGACAGGAUUCAACAUGUCCCCCAAUACCCGGACAGGAUUCAACAUGUCCCCCAAUACCCGGACAGGAUUCAACAUGUCACUCAACACCCGGACAGGAUUCAACAUACCACUCCACACCCGGACAGGAUUCAACAUGUCACUCAACACCCGGACAGGAUUCAACAUGUCUCUCCACACCCGGACAGGAUUCAACAUGUCUCUCCACACCCGGACAGGAUUCAACAUACCACUCAACACCCGGACAGGAUUCAACAUGUCUCUCCACACCCGGACAGGAUUCAACAUACCACUCAACACCCGGACAGGUUUCAACAUACCACUCCACACCCGGACAGGAUUCAACAUACCACUCCACACCCGGACAGGAUUCAACAUACCACUCAAGACCCGGACGGGAUUCAACAUGUCACUCCACACCCGGACAGGAUUCAACAUGUUACUCCACACCCGGACAGGAUUCAACAUGUCACUCAACACCCGGACAGGAUUCAACAUGUCACUCCACACCAGGACAGGAUUCAACAUAGCACUCAACACCCGGACAGGAUUCAACAUACCACUCAACACCCGGACAGGAUUCAACAUACCACUCCACACCCGGACAGGAUUCAACAUACCACUCAACACCCGGACAGGAUUCAACAUACCACUCAACACCCGGACAGGAUUCAACAUGUCACUCCACACCCGGACAGGAUUCAACAUACCACUCCACACCCGGACAGGAUUCAACAUACCACUCAACAACCGGACAGGAUUCAACAUGUCACUCCACACCCGGACAGGAUUCAACAUGUUACUCCACACCCGGACAGGAUUCAACAUGUCUCUCCACACCUGGACAGGAUUCAACAUACAACUCCACACCCGGACAGGAUUCAACAUACCACUCAACACCCGGACAGGAUUCAACAUGUCACUCCACACCCGGACAGGAUUCAACAUACCACUCCACAACCCGGACAGGAUUCAACAUGCCACUCCACACCCGGACAGGAUUCAACAUACCACUCAACACCCGGACAGGAGUCAGCAUACCACUCAAGACCCGGACGGGAUUCAACAUGUCACUCCACACCCGGACAGGAUUCAACAUGUUACUCCACACCCGGACAGGAUUCAACAUGUCUCUCCACACCUGGACAGGAUUCAACAUACCACUCAACACCCGGACAGGAUUCAACAUACCACUCAACACCCGGACAGGAUUCAACAUGUCACUCCACACCCGGACAGGAUUCAACAUGUCACUCCACACCCGGACAGGAUUCGGAUACUGAAGGAGAGUCAACCUUAA